AUGAAUAUCCGUUGCGCAAAGCCCGAAGACUUGAUGAACAUGCAGCAUUGCAAUUUGCUUUGCCUGCCGGAAAACUACCAGAUGAAGUACUAUUUCUACCACGGACUCACGUGGCCACAGCUCAGUUACGUGGCCGAGGAUGACAAGGGCAACAUCGUGGGGUACGUUUUGGCUAAAAUGGAAGAACCGGAGCCGUGCGAGGAGAGCACCCAUGGUCACAUCACUUCAUUGGCGGUGAAACGGUCCUACCGUCGGCUGGGGCUGGCUCAGAAGCUUAUGAAUCAGGCCUCGCAUGCGAUGGUGGAAUGUUUCAAUGCACAGUACGUUUCGCUGCACGUGCGCAAAUCGAACCGGGCAGCCCUGAAUCUGUACACCAAUUCGUUGGGUUUCCGAAUUCUGGAAAUCGAACCCAAAUACUAUGCCGACGGGGAGGAUGCCUACUCGAUGCGACGUGAUCUGGCCGAGCUGGCGGUGCUGUACGGUGCCGGACGGGAACUGCCACCGGAGAACAGCACCGACGGGGUGAUAGCGAAUCACAAGGGCGGAAACCAUGCCGGGCACGAUGGACAUUGCUGCUGAAAGGGGGAACGUUUUUUGAAUUCGAUAACGAAAUUGUGCACUUCAGUGUGGAGUCCGACACA